GCAAAGAUCAGGUCGUGUUUCCGCGGCUCAGGUUGCGUAAGUUGCCGGAGUCAUGGGGUUGUCGGGAUAAUAAUUUAGUCUUCCGCUUGGCGCCGAACGAGUUAGAUGGACGGAAUGUUACAGUCCGUAGCUCUGAUUUUGUUGGUGGUAGUCCACAUUGGCAAUGCUGAUACCAAUGUUCCUGAUCGAGAGGUACUAUGUAGCACCCCAGAGUAUGACGUCGUCGCAACCCCUGGUGGUAUCGGAGUCAGCACCACGGUGUUCGAUCUCUCCCUGACAACGGCGAAGAUCCGGGCCCGCCACAGUCUCCUCAAGUAUUUCAGAGGCGCUAAUGACCAAGGUUUGGAGAUUCCCAUACUACCAGUGAAUAUCAUCCAGACGUACGUUCCCACCAAGCUCUUCCGCGAGGUGACCCUGUCCAUACCCCUCCCCCCGGACCUGUGGGACAACAUACCCAAACCACUAGACAGCAAGGUGAGAGUCGACAAAGUGCCCAGGAGUAUAGUAUACAUGCGGAAGGUUCCCACCAGGGCUGCCUUGGGGUUCUCUGCGGAAAGGGAGGCCAAGAAACUCUUCCAAAUCUUAAAGAAGGACGGGGAACCUUACUGGGAUGACAACGACUACUACUACAUCGGACAGAGAAAAUCGCCUGUAGACGGCAAGACCAUGGCCCAUGUGAUCAUUUUUGCGCUCAACGAACAAACCUUUGACGUCUAUUCCAAGGCGGAGGGUUUCGAAACAAGUGUAAAACAGCGGGUACCUUCCUGCUUGAAGUCGCUGAGCCUGAAGGACUUGGAAAAAUUUGCUGCACAACACCCGAAUGUCGACAGUAACGCCGUCGAUUUUACAAGAGCCGAGCCUGGUGAAAACUUCUGUAAUGGUCCACUCUGUCCAGAGUACAAGGUGGUACACAAGUAUGAUAGCCCGCUGGAGAAGCGUGAGUACCCAGCCGGGCACGGGUCUCUCGUGUACGCCGCCGCACCAACUUGUCAUCUUGACGCUGCAAAAGGACUGGCCCAGCGCGCAAUCUACGAUAAACUCAACGCUUCUGGUCUCGUGAAGGGGAAGCCUUUCCGACUUUUUGACACGGCAAUGGGACGGAUAUACCAGAAACAGCCAGGAGAGGACGAAUGCAACAAAGUUUUCGUGCAAGCCAUUCCCGUCCCGGAAGACGUGCUUGCAUCAGAAAAGCUUCCCGACUUUUUGGGACAAGAACCUUACGACAAGGAUAUCGUGAUGGACCUGAAGGUGCAUCGGCGGGACUAUAUCGCGCCUAUAACAGGUUACGUGCGGCACUUUGGUGGCUUUGCUGAUGAAGAGGAGAUCUACCGCCAGGGCAAGGCGCUGAGGGAGGACCUGGACAGUCGCGGGCUCUGUUACCUGCCCAACAUGCUGUACUUUGUCGAGUACAACAGGGGGUCCCGCCUGUUUGAUCGCCACAAUGAGAUCAUGUUCUGGGCUUAUCCGGAAGCGACGUGUAAGCCUGAGAAGCCGAGCUUUUUUACUCCCCUUCACCUUGAACCGCCCUCACACAGUGAGGUAAAUAACGACGUGCUGCUUCCUUCCCUGGAGGAUCUGUGCCGGGACAAUGCGUGCGUGGAAAGACAACCCGUCAGGAGGUUCGAGAACUUCAUCGAGGAAAAAGUUGAGAUACCUGGCAGUUCUGUCUGCGCCAACCAAAAGUUCUGCAACAGUGUCCGCGAAGCGAGUAAGCAAGCUAUCUCCAAGCUCCUGUCCUACUUCAACGGCUACAACAAGCAGCAACAAAGGAUGGAUAUGCCAAGGCCACUGUUUCACUACAUCAACUUGACGAGUAUUGGGAAACCAGGGUGCAACAAGGAAAUGUCGACGUGCAGUUUUGUUCCCAAGCGCUUCGCAGCAGAUCCUCCGGCACCCGUGGGUAAAGAUGUCACAAUGUACGGGGCCACAGAACUGAACGGUUACGUCAUGCCUUUCGGGGACUUAAACGACGACCAGAUCAUCAGUACUAUGGUAGGAUUCAACAAAACAUUGGCUGGUCUGGAGAAGUUUGGUAUAGAGUACGACAAGCUGACUUUUGGAAUUAUGGAGUAUUUUGCAGAAGAUGAAGGGUUUGAGCACAAUGCACUCUUUGUUCCCAAACUGCAAAAAGGCAUCGUUGUUGCUGAAGAGGAGAAUCUUGCGGGACCUGCUGACACCGGAAAGGGAACCCAACUGCACAGAUUUGUAGCGGACAUGGGCGACAAUAUCCAGGAAAUCCAAAUGAUUCCCAAGCUGUACGUCUGUGUCGACAUUGAAUCCUGCAAUAACCUGUACUCUCGCAAGGCUAUGGUUGCUCUGCACGAUUAUUUCGGCGGCAACAAUGACGGAAAUGUGAAUCUCGGACGCCCUUCUCAUCUUUUCUACCACGUGACUGGAAAAAAAAUUGAAGGCUGCCCAUACGGACUGAGGAGCUGCUCAGCCAUUCCAGAGGAAUUCUAUGAGAAGACACCAAAGCCUACCAACGAACGGGUGAUGAUCUUUAAUGCUACCGGACUGCCCGGUCUCGGGUUCGCUACUACUCUACCAGAUACAAACGAUGUAGUGGAAUGGGGCACCGAAUUCCGGAAACUGGCAGAAACCCUUGAGGAAAAAGAUCUGUCCUUUCGUGGGGGUUAUGGUUACUUCUUCCGGGAAACUUAUCCGUUCGACGCAAGUGACGAGCCAUGGUACAUUGCCUACUGGAAGAAGCGCGCGGAGUCUGGAAGUGAAGCGCCCGAUGAAGAAGACACGGAGAUGCCGACGGAAGGUCAGGCCGAAGAGAAGACGGAGGACGAGAAAGGACAGGAGAUGUCCACAGCACUAUCUGAAGCCUCCAACACUGCGAUGCCCGACCAAGCUGACGACGCCGCAGUACCGGCGACAGAGGCGGCGGCCAUGGGCAGUCCUGCCGCGACCGAGGAGAGAUAAACACAGCGGAGAUGGCGGGGCCAGAACUGGGCGUAACACAACGGAGAUAUAUAGUGGGAACAGAAAUAGGCAUACAAUGUACGCCAACGUAGACACCAUGAGUGGUUACAGCCCCAGUAACUUUUCACUGUAUUUGUUUUAUUUCCAUUCCCAAAUACUUUGAAAAUUUGAAAUGCUUUAUACUAGUAGUUAGUAUUGUUAAUGAUAAGGGUAAAUUAUACACGUAUGAUUAGGAUUGUUAGGAAUCUGGGACAUAUUUGAAUAUUGAUGUUUGUUUUGAUCAAGGAUUUGAUCAACAAAUUGCAAACGCAUACAAAUCGUUAUUUGACAAGAUACAAUAAUCAUAUCAUCCUCUCAUAAACCAAUGCUUCAAAUUUAUCAACAUUGAUCAUGAUGUCCACCGAUGCUGCUCGAUCUUACAUAUUAAAGGUACUGUUGUCAACUUAAGUAUCAUACAAAAAUUGAUUCACCUUUUCUUAGCUCUCAAUGUUGCAAAUAUAAAGAUAAUGUGAUGGUGUUAUGAACCAGAAUAGCAUUAAACGUUCAAUGUUUACAUGUGAUUCAAUAAACCCAUCAUCCACCG